CCCUCCGCCGGCAGCCCCCGGGGGUGGGCUCAGCGACGCACGUGUGCGGGGAGGGAGGUGUGGGGACGCGUGUGUACACCGUCUAUAUAUACCACCGUGGCACAGGCGCCGGCGGAGUCACAGAUCAGAGGAGCCGGCAGCCGACAGCACACCCGCAGCCGCUGCCGGUGCCAGUGUCACCAUGAGGACCGUGCUCUGGGACCUGCUGCUGCUCUGCCUCUUCGCCCGGGCGCGGGGCGACUGCCGGGGGGACUGUCUGCACUGCGACCGUCAGCUCUACCGGGACAGCUUCGACGUCCUCGUCUGCAUCCUGGAGUGCGAAGGCGAAGCUGUGCCGCGGGCCACCUGGGAGCUCUGUGCCGCCGCCGCCGGCCGAGCCGCCCCGCGUCCCCGUGACCUCCAGGACGCUCCCUGGCGCGGCGCGGUGCCGGCAGUGCCACCGGCAAACCCGUUCCAGGUAAGCGAGCUGCUGCAGCGCCGGGAAACCGAAGACGACGAAGGCGUCGAGGUGGCGCCGGGCGCUUUCCCGCAGCCGCCCGAGGACAUUUCCCGACGAUCCGGUUUCCCCCGGGGGACGCGCGGCUGGUGGCCGGCGCCGACGGCGAAAGGGGUGCAGAAGCGAUACGGGGGUUUCAUCGGGGUGCGCAAGUCGGCGAGGAAGUGGAACAACCAGAAGAGGUUUAGCGAGUUCCUGAAGCAGUACCUGGGCAUGUCGCCGCGCUCCAGUGAGUACGAGGUUGCCGGCGGCGUCAGCGAGCACAACGAGAUCUAACGGAGCCCCCGCCGCGCCGCCACGGCGAGGUCCGCCAUGGCCAAAAAAGUCAACCCUCCUACCCCUCUACACCACAUGUCCGUAGGUGCAAAUUAAAAAACAAAAGGGGGCAAAAUAAUUUGGAAGAUGUUGAUUUGGAGAGCGGGGAGGGGUGGGCAGAGCGGCCGCCGCGGCAUCCGGAGGGUGGUUGGGGAAAAGUCCUUUUGGUCGUCAGAUUCCACCCCCCCGGCAGGGACGAUGGGCGAAAGUUGGUUGCUUUGUGAUUGGACACAAAAUAGGUGUGAAGGAUGGCUCAGCGCCCCCCCCCAAAAAAAGCAGAUAUUUAAAAAUUAUGAAAAUUUUUAAAAGGUAAUUUAAAAAUUAAGGAAUUUUCACAAUUAAAUCAGAUUAAAGUAAAAUUUUCCUUGUAGAAAACUCCUUCGUCCUAAAUUGCUCCCGCUCCACCUCGCCAAAUUCCGCAGUGGGUUAUCCCCACGCUUCCACCCCACAGGACCGGUGUGUGUCCCCGGGAUGCUCAGACCCCCAUCCCACCCCCUCCAAAUUUCUCAUUUGGAAGAAUUUACCUUUUCUUUUCCCCCUUUUUCUUGGUUCUUUUUCAUUAUUUUUCCCCCCCUUGGGUGGCAUCUCCCUAAAUCCAGGGAUGUACCCCCAAGCCCCGGGAGGGAGCCCCUUGCUCCCUCCGCUUUCGGCUCAGCUGAUUUAUUUUCCCUUUUCUUUAAUUCUCUUGAUUUUUUCUUUUUCCUUAUUUUUAAUUUUUUAUUAUUUUUAUUGUUAUUUUCUCUAUUAUUUUAUAUUUAUAUUUUUAUAGCGUUCCGGCACCGCAUCCCAGCACCUUCCGCCAGGCACAGGCAAAAUUAACCCUGCUCCUGCCCGCCUCCAUCCUCUCUCUGACGGACCCCAAAGCGCUUCAGACUCACACGCGGUCAGAAACCACUUUGCUCUUCACUCACUUAAGCCAGACUUAACCCCGGGACCCGAGGAAUCGCGGACGGCGACGGGGAGCGAGAUGCCGCGGGGAUGGGGGGGGACGGGACCGCGGGGGAGCGGGCGCAGAUUUAAACGAAAUAAGGCAAAACCCACCAAAACCCACCAAAAACAAGGGGGGAUUUUCGCCAAAAUAAUCUGAUUUUUUGGCUCAGCCGCUACGAACGAACCACCUUGAAUCCGGCGGAAAAUCGGCCUGGCGCCCAGAAACCACGUGGCAAUGUGUCCUUAAACCGUAACAAAAUGUUUAUUUUUGAUUUUUUCCCCUUUUAUUUUAGUUUUACCCUUUUAAAAGCGUUUUCCUUGAUGUUUUAUAAAGCCUCUGGGGUUGACUUCUUUGCUCAGCAAUACAAACCGCGCACGUUGUUUUCGUUGCGUCCCCCCCCUCAUUCCCCAGCAUGUGUCACGUCCCCAGCAUGGGACGCGGGGGUUUAAUUCUGUCCGUGUUGCUCCCAUGAGAAUAAUCAGAACUGGUUGGUCCUCCUGGUUGAAUUCGCUACCCAAAAAGAAAUCAAGCACAUUAUGGGAGCGACUAUCCCCAGGUCUCACCCGCAGCGCUGCCGUUCUUCACCCUUUGUAAAAAUAAUUAAAAAUAUAAUAAUAUAACAUAAUCCCUCUGGAAAAAACAAUUAUCCCAAGAUCUGGUUCUUUUUAAUUGUUUCAUACAAAGAUUUCUCCAUUAAACUUGUACAUAGCAAAAGGAUUAAUAAAUCAGUUUACUGUUUCUACGA